AUGCCGCCGCUCCCGCAGUUGACGAGGACCAACACCAGUCCCCCAAGUCCCAGGAAGCAGAUUGUGAUCGACGUGUUCAACAUGUUCGACACCGAUGGCUCCGGAGAAAUCGAGCUGGAAGAGAUGGCCAAGGCAUUCAAGGCGACGGGAAAGCUCACGGACGAGACGAGGGCGCAGCUCGAGGCACACUUCGAGUUCAUGGACAGCGACGGCUCAGGCGAGGUGACCAUCGACGAGUUUCGUGAGGCGCUGGGGCACGGGGAGAUCGCCUUCCGCAACUAUCAACACCAACAGGCGUUCUACUCGCUGGGUGUGACCUUGUGCCAGAACCUCGUGGUCUACCGGAGGCACGUGCUCAACCGGGAGUUCGAGAGCAUGAAGCAACAGCCACCGGGGAGCGCGGUGGGCGGCCUGGAAGACCAGUUCGAUUGCCUGGUGCGAUCCUUGAUGAUGAGCACCUUUGCGCUCAAAGGCGGGGACAGCGGCGGCGGCAACGACAAGGGGAAGGGGGGCGGGGGACACAAGGAGCAGUUGUCCCAGGAGGGGGGUUGCAGCAAAUACGCCUCCAAAAGCUUGAACGGCAGCGAUGACCAGGCGAGGAAACAUGAGCUGCUGCGCAAGAGGGAGGCCCGCGUGUUGGCCCACGCCUUGAAGGUUGGACAGACUAGGAGGCAACUGAGACCUCUCCCUGCCAGCAGGGGGCAGCAUCUGCGCGCAGUGGUUCGAAAGGAAGUGGCGGACAUCUGGACGCGCCGAGAGAACCAUGGGGAGCAACGGGGUUCGCAGGCAUCGCCGCAUCGCAGGGCGUUGAAGAAGGUGCCGCAAAAGAUGGCACCGACGAAGCCAAGAGCCCGUGGCCCGACUCCGUCCUGUCGCCGCCCACCAAGAUGACAACAAUAAUUGCACCUCUGUCCUGGUUGCUGGCUACUUUUAACGUGAGGGUCGUGAUCCUUUUCGCGUGACUCUAGGCGACCUUUUGGGCAAGAAAUUUGUUGCCUCCGGCUUUGUUUGGCGGAUGAUUUACUCGGCCUUGAGUUGAGGCUCAUUCCGACACGGGUUUGUGGUAGCAAGGAUCACCCUCCUCCUCCGUAGAGAGAGGGGACGUGCUAGUGUUUUGUCGAUCCGUGUAUUUUGGUAAGAAAACUUCUUUUGUAUGUAAAUAUUUAGCAGACAUGUUCGUUCAUGGUGGCAUUCCUUGCU